UUUUACCAAAAAUGAAAUAAAACACUGACCGAGAGCAAAUAAAAUCGCCAUUUCUUCAGAUUUUCUGAUUCUCUCUCUUAGCUGCUACGCAGAAAUUCCAGAUAAGAGUUUCGUACGAUGAGAUGUGAGAAAGUGAGCGAAAGUGAUGAAGACGAUAGCUGGUGUCUUCAUCUAGGUGGCUUUACAUUAGCUCUCCUUUUAUAGUUCUUCCUCCCCUGCUUGGAAUUCUGCGGGUUUUUUGUGCUGGUUUUUUGGGGCCAUGGAUCCGUGUCCUUUUGUUCGGCUCACCGUAGGUAAUCUGGCGCUUAGAAUCCCGGUGGCGUCAAAGCCGGCUCGCACGGUGGUCCAUCCUUCGUCGACUCCCUGCUUCUGUAAAGUUAAGCUGAAAGGCUUCGCGCUCCAGACCGCCGUCGUGCCGUACAUUCUGCCGGACAACCAGUUUCCCGACGGGCAAGUGCAGCCUCUCGCUGCCAGUUUCCAUCUAUGCAAGUCGGAUCUCGAAAAACUCGCCGCCAAGUCUCUGUUUGGCGGGAAGUUGCGGCUUAAAAUCUCGAUCUACACGGGGAGGAGAGGGACGAGCUGCGGCGUGAACUCCGGGAGGCUUUUGGGGAAGGUGUCCGUCCCGGUAGAUCUCACGGGGUCGGAAUCGAGGGCUAUUGUGUUCCACAGUGGUUGGAUUAUGGUGGGGAAGGACGCGAAAAACUCGACCGCGCAGUUUCACAUGAAUGUGAAGGCGGAGCCUGAUCCUAGAUUCGUUUUUCAAUUCGACGGCCAGCCGGAAUGCAGCCCUCAAGUGUUUCAAAUUCAAGGGAGCAUUCGUCAACCGGUUUUUACCUGCAAGUUCAGUUUCCGCUCCAGCGCCGAUAGGAAUCAACGUUCUAGAUCAAUGCCCACAGAACAUUGUGGUUCCAGGGGAUGGUUGAGCUCAUUUGGAAGUGAGAGGGAACGGCCUGGUAAGGAGAGGAAAGGAUGGUCGAUUACAGUUCAUGACCUUUCCGGUUCACCAGUUGCGGCAGCAUCAAUGGUGACUCCAUUUGUUGCAUCUCCUGGUUCAGACCGAGUCAGUCGUUCCAACCCGGGUUCCUGGCUGAUACUUAGGCCUGGAGAUGGUACAUGGAAGCCAUGGGGCCGUUUGGAGGCAUGGCGUGAACGUGGCUCGGCUGAUGGCCUUGGGUAUCGGUUCGAGCUUAUUCCAGACUCAGCUUCGUCUGGAGUUGUACUGUCCGAGUCAACUCUGAGUUGCAGCAAAGGUGGGAAGUUUAUGAUUGACCUUGCCUCGAGCGGAUCAACCAGUAAUGGGACAAGGACGCCUAGGAGUUCAACUUCUCCAGCUUGCAGCCCAAGGGGCAGCGGAGAUUAUGGGCAUGGGGUGUGGCCUUACAGAGGGUUUGUUAUGUCGGCUAGUGUGGAAGGACAUAGAUCCGGCGGAAGCAAAUCCGGUAAGCCGAGUGUGCAGGUGAGCGUGCAGCAUGUGAGCUGCACGGAGGACGCCGCCGUAUUCGUGGCAUUGUCAGCUGCUAUUGAUCUCAGCAUGGACGCCUGCAGGCUUUUUUCUCAAAAGCUCCGCAAAGAGCUGUGCCCUCCUCAGGAUUCACUCUCUUGAGUCCUUUUUUUUUUCUUUUUAUUUAGUAAAUUGGGGGUGGGGGUUAUUCGAAUUUUUUCUACUUUAUUUUUAACGAGUGCUGAAAAUUUUAGGCGAUGGUUUUUGCACUUUGUCGCGGUUGAUUUGGCUAACUUGUGAGAGUGAGAGUAGGGGGGUGUUUGUACAGUGGAGAAGGGGAGUUUUACUGACAGGGCUGGGCAGGGUAAGGGCACGCUCGUGUGUUUUUUAUUACUAGGGGUGUGUUUGAAUUCUGUAACUUUGACAACCUGUUAACAUUUUAAAUGUCAAUUGUUGCGUUUUCUCUUUUUACCCGACUUUGCUGCACGGUGGAGGAAAUAAUUACUCAUCUCACUGUUCUAUGACUUCUAUCCAUCUGAGGUUGAAUAAAUUUCCGACUUCUUCAC